UUGAGAUUUCGUUUAUUUUAAUUUGGAUGUUAAAAAUUAGUAUCUAACUUGUAAGUUUUCCACUAAUAACUCAAGAAAAUGUCCGUCAAAGAUGAAAUAACGCAGUUUAAGUUAUGGGCUACAAAACUUGGAUGCCCAUUAGAAAAAAUUCCACCGGACGAAACACUCAGAAAAUACAUUCGCGGAAAGCAAAGCAUCGUUUUUCAUCACAUAAUGAAUGAAGUUCGUCCCCGACAGGAAAUAUCUACCAUGCGAAAUAACGUUCUAGUGGCUAAACUUCGUCAGUUUCAAAAACUAGGCAAUGUUGUGGCUAAAUCCAAAUUGAAUCAAAUGCCUGAGGAACUGAAAAGGUUUGAACAGAUAGAAAAACUAAAAACUAAAUGUAACGAAACUGAAACUCGAAUUACCAACUCUAUAAACUCCCUAAAAACUAUAACAGCUAAGAUUAAGCAAAAGAACAUUCAAAAAGUGCAUCACACAACGAAAUUGUCCGAGAUAGACGACAAAUUAUUUUACCUCAGAGCAGUGAACAACGCGCUGACUAAAAUGUCGAAAAAGGAGGUUGAAAUUAAGGAAACGAUUGACCACUUGAUGCCCGUUAAAUUGCACGAUUCUACGAAAACCAAAGAGGAUGCUAUUGGUGCAAUUCAACGGUGUCUGCAGUAUCUUGAAGAAUUUUAUUCCAAAUUUGCGGACCUGAAACAGGAAGGAUGUAAACAGGCCCAGCAAAGUCUCUGGAACAACAUGAGGGUCGCCCUGGCGGGUAUUCCAAACUAUCACCUUUGGACUGUCCUGAUAGAGAUGAAGGAGAAACAGUUGCUAGAAAUUGCUGAAGUUGAUCGACAACAAAAUGAGCUGGAAAAGGAAGUAACCCUUUCAGAUCAGGAUAUGCUUCAAGUAAAUAUGGCAAGGCUCUGUGGAUCCCACAUCAAUUUGUUUAUUGACCUUGUCUCAAUGAAGCAUUCGGUUCAGUCUCUAAGGGAGGACUAUUUGGCCAAGUAUACACCAUUUUCACAGAUGCUGGAGACAAAGAUGAAUUUGCUGAAUACUGCUGUUAAGGGAGGACGACUGCUGUUGUCGCUGUCUAGAACUAUUAUGAGCGGCUCCGGCUGAAACAGGCUCUUAUAUAGGCCAAAUAGCAUGUUUUCAAUUGCAAGGUAUAUGAUCCUGUCGACCGUGCUUGGGAAGCAAGCAUAUAACGACCAAUCAGAGGUUGAAUUUUUCGUUUUGACAAGGCUUGACUAUUUUCAAUAGUACAAUAGUGUGAAUAAUAAAAUUACAAUUAUCUUAUUUUGGGAAGAAUCUUAGAAGAUUUUCCAAUCUAUUGCUGCAAGAACGAAGGAA